AUGAAAAAAAGAGGAUCCAAAAAUCGUCCCAAUGGCUCAUCAUGGUUUAAAACGCAAAUAACUACAACACCACGCAAAAUCGAAGAAAAAUAUAAGAUUGGUGAUGGUCAUGUUCAAGGAGGAAGUGAGAGGAAGUGUAGUUUAAAGUCUGUAAAAUUGGUUAUAGCAUGGUCUAUGCAGGGCUGGUCUGUGGGGCUUGUGGAUGGUUGGUGGAAGGAUGUUUUUACAUACUGUUGUAUGCAAGAAUUUUCCAGCAUAGGGCAGAGUUUGCGGACUGGUUUAAUAGCAGAUGAUGCAGGCAUCAUUGGUUUUGUGUAUUGGAAAAAAAUUAGAUUAGCAAUCAUGGUUGAUGCAAGACUUUGGGCCUGUUUUAAACAAGGUUCUUGA